AGUAACAUCAAAUGAAAUCCAUCUCUGGAAUUAUUUUUCAACACUUUCCACCAGUGGGCAAGGAUGGGGAAAUUGGAUCUAUAUCUCUGAACCUCUACUGCGGUCGCCUUCUUGGAAUACCAUUUUCUACAAUCAGUUGGGGUCGUUUUGCAACAUUGGCCUUCCGGUUUUAUUCUCUGGCAAUCCUGAGCACGAUUUCAAUCCUCUACACUUACUGUGAAGUGCUAGAUAUGAUGGAUGCGUACCAGGACAUGGACGCCCUGACGCAAAAUAUUUCAUUAUCUUUCACACAUAUUGGCGGAGUCUUGAAGGGAAUCAACGUCCUUUAUCACCUUCCGGAGAUCAUGGAAAUAGUAAAUAUUCUGAAGGACACUUUUCGCAAAUAUACAAUUUCUGAUAAGCAGAGAUUCUGUUCUUUUCAGCGUAAAAUAUUGACAUCCUCUGAAAAAUUUAAUACGUACAUAUUUUUGGGAUACAUGUCCGCUGUCUCUUUCACCGCAUUUGCAGGGGCAUUUGUUGUUAUUGCGAAUCCAAGUAUUGCUGGAAGCUCCUUUCCUUACCGUUCAAAAUUACCUAAGUACCUUCCUCUUUCUGUAAGAGUUUGCUACCAUGCUACAAGUGCCUUGGUCAUUGCUGUGCAAGUUGUUAUUUUGGACUCGCUCAAUAUUAAUUUCAUUAAUCAAAUACGAUGUCAACUAAGAGUUUUGAAUCUCAAUGUGGAAAACCUCAAAGAUGGAAAAGUUUCGAAUCCUAAACGACUUCUCAGCAGAUGCGUUCAACAUCAUCAAAUUAUAAUGGAUUUAAGGAACCGCAUCGAGCGCAUCUUCAGCUACCAAUUAUUGAUUCAGUUCUUCACUUCAUUAUUGAUCUUUGCGUUAACCGGAUUUCAAGCCACAACGGCCAGACUCUCCGAUGGGAUGAUCAUCUUAUACAUGUACUUAGGGUGCAUCUUCUCGGAGUUGUUUAUUUAUUGCUUCUUCGCCAAUCAGGUUAUGGAUCAGAAUCAGUUGCUGGCCAUAACAGGAUACGACUCCGCUUGGUAUACUUUUGGCACAAAGUAUACAAAAGAUUUGAUAUUCUUCUUGCUGAGGGCGCAAAAGCCAGUAACUUUCAGCGUAGGAGGCUUCUUUGAUUUAUCCUUAAAUACAUUCACGGGGAUUCUCGGGAAAUCGUACUCCUUCAUUGCAUUGUUGAGACAAGUUUAUUCUGAGUAACAUUUCACAAUUCAAUCAACUUUUAAUAUUGCAAGGAAUGACUUUUUUUUAAUAGCAAAUGCUUUUUAUUGUAGUUUUAUUUCCACCAUUGAACGGAUUCAAUUUUACCACUCACUUAUUGUAAUUUUGUUGUAAUAAAAGAGCUUAACAUUAUUGCUGUUAUAGCGAUUACAUUAUUGUUGCACUUAGUAUAGUCAAAUAAAUAAAACUUUAUACAAAAGUUGCAUAAA